UAUGACACAGCGAUAUAAAAUUUUGAAGAAAGAACGUGUUCCGACCCAUGUGUCGCAGUUGAGCAACACAAAAUACAUAUCAGUUGUCCUCAACAAAUUGGAUCCACAACAAAAGCGUCAGUUGGAGGAGAGUUGUAUUGGACAUGCUACAAGGCUACCGGAGCUGAAACUAUCCGCUCAAUUAAUUCAUAAAAUGGUAAACAGAUCGGUGGUCUGCCCAAAGUAGUUUGAGGCUUGGUUCAAGGUGAACCAAAGGUUUGCACGAUUUGGACUGCCGGAGUUCGCACUAAUUACCGGCUUGAAAUGCGGUCCAAUGCCUAAACGUUCCAAAGUUGACAAAAUCCUAGAGAAAACCCGUCUACAAGAUAGAAUGUUUGCUAAUAUGGACCAGAUAACUUGUAGCGAUCUAGAGAAAGUUUUUUUGAAAUGUGCCAACCGUAACGAUCGUUACAAGCUUAGGUUGACACUAAUUAUUGAAAGGGUAUUUAAUUCAAGAGAUCAAUAUGUAGGAAUACAUCCGACAACUCUCUCCAUCAUUAACGACUUGGAUUUCUUCAAUGCCUACCCACGGGGGACGGUAUGUUUUCAACUUCUCGUCAAAUCACUGCUACGUGGACGGGGAAGAAAGGCGGACAUGGUAAAAGUGAACGAUUGUGAUAGGAUGACUUACAUAUUGUACGGAUUCCCUCUUGCUGUCCAGGUUUGGGCAUACGAGGCAAUCUCGGAGUUGGGAGCUCGAUUCUCGAGUAAGACUUGUGACGAUGUCCCGAGAAUGUUGCGGUGGUCUGGCACAAAACAACCUCAUUCUCAAACAUAUUCAGAUUUUUUUGAGAAUACAUAUGUAAGUGAUUUACAUACAUAGUUGCCUUACACUUUCGCAAUAUAUAAUAUUUCAUUUCGCCUAUUUUUCAUUCCCCUGUAAGUGCACUUAUGGGUAACGCUGCGCGCAACUGCUGCAGAAGAAUUGUAGUCGUACUUCGUUGAUCUAAUUCCAUUGGAAGACGCAACUGACACCGUUCUAGAUGGUCUUGUUGCUCAAUCAAUAGAAAUACAAGCUUGUCCAGUUGAAGAUGAUGUCAUAUGAAACGAUGACAACAACCAUAGACCAAAUAAAUCGCAGAGAGGCAACAAAGGUAGACCUCGUCAUCGUGGUUUGCAUCACCUUGAAGGCAGAGAAUAAGAGCAUGGGAAUCCGAUUAUCGAAAGGCCAGUGUCUUUAGAUGAGAUAAGAGCUAUCUUGAACGAACAACGGGAGGCAUUUGAGAGCAAGAUGGACGAUUUAAGGGAAGAGAUGAACACAAGAUUCGUUAGUCUCCAAAAUGAUCUGGGAAGUCAUGAGUGUGGUUUGAGAAAUCAUGUCACUAAUGAGAUCAAUGUACUUCGACGAAGGUUUGAUAAAGUUGCUACAGAAAUUGGGCAACACAAUGUUGCUACUGAGUAUGGUGGAUUUGGUCAUGAUGAUUGUGGUGGAGACGAGCCCGACGUGAUGUUUUAACUCCUAAUAUUUCUGCAAACAGACAAGAUGUUGGAGAGGCAACCGAACCAGUUGUUUGCAAUAUCCCUGAUGUGUCCAUAACGUCAAAAGGUGGGGUUGGAAUACUUGGGUCAGUAUACGUUGCUUGUGAUAUUGUGAAAGAGGCACCAACCAUUGUACCUACAGUUGGUGUGAUCAUUGAUGAUCAGCUGGUUCAUGAUAGCGUCGUUUUUAGACCUUCGAUGGCAGCUGAUCCACCUAUACGUAGACCUUGAUUGUUGAGGCUGGAGAAGGCUAGUGCGAAUACAAAGACGUCAUACACUCGAUCUGGUCGCAAAAGGGGUAAGAGGGAUGCGUAGUCUGUGUAUUUUGGUUGACGGUACAUAAUGGUUUAUAUGUUAGUGGCAUGUUCAGAAGGUUGUAGUUGAAAAUAGUUUAUAACUUUAUUAUCUCCUAUAGUGGACUAGUAUUAUGCAUUAGUAAAUAUUCAGACUAAUUGACGUUGUUCAGAACAUCCCUUUUUUAGUCGAAAAACAUUAUAGACUGCAUUUGGUUAUAAUGACUUCGAUUGCUAUUUCAUGUCUUCGCAUCUUCAUUCUCAUUGUGUUGCCUUACCUUCUGUGAUGUAAUAACCGUUUUCA